CCAUUGAUGGGCAGACUGGUUCAGAAGCGCUUCAGCCACUGUUGUGUUCUGAGAGAGGUGAAGGGCUGUCACUGCAACAGAGGGAAGGGCGCAACACACUGACAGUCUAUUCGCGACUCCGUCCGAGCUGAAUCUUUGCGGACUUGUGAAAGCUGGGACUCUGCGCGAUCGAGAAGCAACUUUUGAAAAGCAGAUAGCCUACAUUUGAUUUUUCAUUUUUUUUAGGUUUGCGUUUAUUGAUUCAAUUAUUAGCUGAUUUCUUUUGCAGUCUUGGGAUAAUUUAUUUAAGAAAAAUACGUCUCAUAGACCUUCUAUUUAAGGCGUUUUGAAUUGACAGUAUUCUGACAGUUUUGUUUUAGAAACAACACAGGCUAUAUUAGUUUAAUUCGUUUACUAGUCAGUUCGGUACAUAGCUGAACAAACAUAUCACAACUUUGGCUGCUAUAACUGACUUAUAACCAACCACAAUAGGAUAAAGAACUGUACGUGCGCUUUCUAUAAAAGUUUAUCUCCGUUUUUAAUUUAUUUAAUUAUCUUGCUCAAGAUGAUGAAUACGAUGGUAAUUCUUGCCGAGUUCUUUGUGGUCAUUUUGAAAGUGCUCUGGGCUUUUGUUACCGCCGGGGCGAAAUGGGUGGUGCGACCGAAGGAGAAGAGUGUAGCGGGACAGGUGUGUGUGAUCACCGGGGCUGGAAGCGGUCUGGGUCGGCUGUUCGCCAAGGAGUUCGCUCGGAGACGGGCAGUAUUGGUGCUGUGGGACAUCAACAGCCAAAGCAACGAAGAGACGGCGGAGUUGGUACGGGAAAUCUACCGAGAACUGGACAGUGAAACCCCGAUGUCCAGAGACGGCGCAGUUGGAGGGUUAGAAGAGAUUCCUCCCUUCCAGCCGCAGGUGUACACGUACGUGUGUGACGUGGGCAAGCGGGAGAGUGUGUACUCCACGGCGGAGAAGGUGCGUCGGGAGGUGGGCAACGUGGACAUGUUGAUAAACAACGCUGGCGUGGUCUCUGGUCACCAUCUCCUGGAGUGUCCUGACGAGCUGAUCGAACGCACCAUGCUGGUCAACUGCCACGCACACUUCUGGACCACCAAGGCCUUCCUUCCCAAGAUGUUGGAGCUGAACCACGGUCACAUUGUGACGGUUGCCAGCUCUCUGGGGCUAUUCAGCACAGCUGGCGUGGAGGAUUACUGCGCCAGUAAGUUCGGGGCCAUCGGCUUCCACGAGUCGCUGAGCCACGAGAUCAAGGCUUCGGAUAAGGACGGCAUUAAGAUGACCCUGGUGUGUCCCUACCUGGUGGACACGGGCAUGUUCAAAGGCUGCAGGAUAAGGAAAGAGAUUGAGCCCUUCCUGCCUCCCCUGAAGCCAGAGUUCUGCGUAACACAGUCCAUGAGGGCCAUUCUCACGGAUCAGGCGAUGAUCUGCACCCCUCGAAUCGUAUAUAUGGUCAACAUCAUGAAAAGCAUCCUGCCCUUCGAGGCCAUCGUUUGUAUGUACAGGUUCCUGGGUGCUGAUAAAUGUAUGUACCCCUUCCUUGCCCAGAGGAAGGAGCUGAUGAACAACAACGAGGCUAAGGAGGAUAUCUAACGGGAGGACCUUGGGCGAAGGCACAUGGCCUGGAGGCACCAGGAUAGACCACUGAGGAAGCGUGGAUGAAGAGAAAUAAGACUGAAUCUAGACUGGUGCACUUUGCAUUGAGCGGAUACAGAAAGGUUGACCGUAUCGUUCUUCUGGAACGAUGCCAAGCUGUGUACAAAAACACACAGGAUUUAUCUCUGACGGUUGUUUUUAAAAGAAACCAAUCAUCUAUAUACUGUGUCAAUAGUUUUUUUUAUUUUUUAUUUUUUAAAGCUAUUCAGUAAUUAACUAUUUACAUAAUGUAGUCACCAGAUUUUUAUGUAGCGUCUCGGUGGAAAAUAUACAGUAUGUUACUGUACAGUACAAUCUUGUUACUUUUAGUUGUUUUAAUGUGUAGACAUGCACUGUAAUACUGACUUUCUCCGUAUGGCCAAGUCUCUAUGUCGAAACGACGGUUCAACAUGGCAUUUCCAGAAUUAUAUUACCCAGCAAAACCCCCUAAAGGCUCAGUCUAACCAAUCACAACAUGAUGCUCCAAAUGGCUAUCCAAUCAUCAUACUGUUAGCGAUCUUCGCUCGCCUUCAUUGCAUUUUCAUUCCGCAGAUCACUUGAAGAUUUUCUGAUUAUUCCGUUUCUUUCAAACUCGUUCAUUUUAACGUUAUUUUUAUAAGUUUACAACAUUUUAACGUUAUUUUUAUAAG